AUGCAACCGCAAGCAUCGACUACAGUUUCAAUGUCGCCUGAUCGUGAGGCGCUGAGUAUGAUGACCAAAUUGAAACUAGAUCGUUUCAAGCAACAGAAAAUGAAAUUCGAAGAAGAACAUGCUCGGAUUGUAGCUCAACAAGCUGAUGCCAGUAUCUCAUUGCUGGACAAAAUUGAAAUAUUGAGUAAAAGUAUCGAAAAGUUAUUCGGCGAAGAAGGCAAAGACAGAUAUCUGAGAAACUUCGAACCGUUCAUGGCUGUUGCGAAAGCCAACACGUCAACAUUGACAAAUUUACUCGAAAAUCAAUAUGAGUCAUUGUUGAAAGUGAUCGUCGGUGGUAAAAAACGCUCGGAGUAUAAUUAUCUCUUUGGAUCCAUCAUGUCACAAUGGUUAUCUGGACAGAAUAAUGAAAUGGCACCAUUAAAAGUCACAACCACCAAGGAUAGUUUGUUGACGAACGAACAUCUAGAAAAGAUUAUCUUCGAACGACCAAUGUUAGAUUUGGAACAAUGGCGUGAAUUUCUGCAAACGAAACUUUUUGCCAAUUUGAAUAAUGAUCAGAAAUGGGAAACUAUUUUUGAUGAAUUCAAAUCAGCCACUGAAAGAUACAGUAAAGUCUUAUUGACCGAGAAAGUAACGCCAGCUGAUGUUCAGCGAGCAAUUAGUGGUUUGAUCAAUGGAGGCGGAUUGGAUGAUUAUCGAAAACGAUUAUUAACGAAGUUGAAAUUAGACGAGAAUGCUGUUAAUGAAUUUGCUUCGUCAUUAACCUUACUGAUCUCCGAUCUAUCAGACUGGAGAUGGACAACAGAAGGUGUUCGUGGCAUUUUUCGACGUAAUCUAGCGGGGAAAUAUAGGUGUUUCUACGAAGAAGACUUUCUCACCGCUAUUUUUCUGGAACACAUCGGGUUGAAAUGGAGUUACCAUUUUAAAGCUGAAUUGAAAGAACUUUUUCUGCUGUUAACCAAAAAAGCACGAACGAGGUGCUCAUCCAAUUCUAUUCAACAUUACCGCUUGACAAUGCAACAGAAAGAUUAUUGGAUGGCAUCAUUACCAGAUGAACAUGAUGGUGAAUCAGGAGUGGCUGCCUACGAACAAAAUAGCUCAUUGGAUUUGAAAACAAAACUGUUCUACUUAGUAAAUGUUGAAAUUCAGUUACAUCAAGUUGUAAGACCAAAUCUGCCAUUUAAUGUGGUUACGACUGAUCUCGAAUGGUUUGGACCAUCGAUUUCACAUGAAAUCAUCCAGAUCUUCCUUCAAGCUUGUGGUAUAUCACAAAUCUGGCUUGAUUUCUUCGAUCGAUUUCUUAAACAACCGGUUUAUUACAAGCCAGGUGACGCUCCUCGACAACGUCAACGUGGUGUACCUAUUUCACAUUCGUUGUCAUACUUGUUCUCCGAAUUGCUCAUCUUUGGCAUGGAUCUUUAUGUCUAUCGAAACACGGGCAUUUUCAACUAUCGUCUUCACGAUGACUUUUGGUUCUUCCAUCACGACACACCAAAGAUCGACCAAGCCUGGACACUAAUGACCGAGUACGCACAAAUGACUGGUCUGAAGUUCAAUGCGGAAAAAUGUGGUUCUGUGCAAAUUCAGCCAGCAAACGCAGAUAAUCAAGCUGUUCAAGUGCUCAAGAGCAGUGUCCUACCAUCGAAAGAAGUCAAAUGGGGAUUUCUGAAUUUACAACCAUCAGGUCGUUUUACAGUAAAUCGCGACGCAUUAGUUCCUUAUCUUGAUGAAAUGAAAGAUCGAUUGGCAAAGGCACCAACCGUGUUAGAAUGGGUUGAAAUCUAUGACCAAUACAUUUCUUUCUUCAUGAGAAAUUUCGGUAAAUGCGCAAACAUCUUAGGCACAUAUCACACUGAACAGAUGUGGGAAACAUUUCAAGUUCUUCAUAAACAUGUGUUCUCCGAAACAGAUGGCAACGCGAUCACUGUUUUAGCCAAACGAAUUGAGGACAAUUUCUCAACUUCUUCAAUAGGCCAACUCUGCGAAGGUUGGUUCUACUGGCCAUUGAUUCAAGGUGGAUUGGGCUUGAAAAAUAUCUAUCUUACUUUAUAUGGUUAUCACCAACAGUUACUCUUAACAAACCUGGAAACGUUCAGCCAGCUGCCAGAGAAAGACGUGGAACUGUACGCUGAUUUAGUCGAGAAGUACAAAGCAGCUAAGAGGAGUCGAGAUUACAAGGGAUUGCUGGAAUAUCUUCACGAGGAUGAAACAUUAAUUACUUUAGAUGAAUACACACAAAUUCGUGAAACUUGCCAUUCACACUGGACAAAUGUCUAUCAACAAAUGUUGCAAGUCACUCUCACACGCCGACCACCGUUUGACCAGCAAGAAGAAUUCAAUCGAGCCCUACGUGGAAUGUUAGGAACGCCAUCGACAGGUCGAUCACGACGGAAAGGACCUGAUGAUAAUUACGUAAUGUGGCUACUCUCAUACUAUGGUAAACAAAUUCAAACCACAUUCAAUCAACUGGACUUCAUCGAUAGCGCUAGUUUACCUAUUGGUUUGAUCACACUGAUGAAAUCAACGAAAAUUAACUGGAAUACAGAAUCUGAAAAUUAG